UCUAAUUUAUGUUAAUGUCAUUGUCACUCUGACAUCAGCCCAUUUGGUAUAUUAAAAUUUUGAAUUUGAAGUUGCCACUGCAGCGUUAAAAGGGUUUAUAAACAUAAAAAUAUUAUAAAUAUGAGUACACCGAGUAAGCGAAAAGAAAAUAUGGACGAUAAACAAAAUAGUAAAAGGCCGAAAAUGCAGUGUCCUUAUGCAGAUAAAUGCUUCCGAUUAAAUCCUAUACACUUUAAGGAGUAUAGCCAUGAACACUUGGAAUCCAUCCUGGAUUCGUACACGGGUUCCGGAGACUUCCCAAUCCCGUCCAAGCUGCAGAGCCAGAAGCAGAUGUAUGUGGAUCAGCUGAAGAUGUUGCUACACCAGCAGUUGUACACUCCCGGCAAGAACUUUGGCACAGAACCUAGUUCUGGUGCAUCAACAUCAACAACGUCAGAAGAUGUAAAACCUCAGAAGAGACCAGAAGAGAGAAAUGUGACCCUCAAACCAGUGUCCGAUCAAAAGCAGCGAGAGAAUAGCAAAUCUCCUCAUGAUAGAGGGGGAAGUAGUACUUCUAGAAGUAGAAGUGGGGAGAAUAAGGAGUCUUCUAGUGGGAGAAGUCAGAAGGACAGUGACUACCGUCCCAUAGUAAAUCCAACUAGAAGACCAGAAGACUUUCUCUCCGUGGUGCUGCCAAAAGGCAAGAUGGCCGCCAAGCAUGCAGCGAGCGCUCCCUACUACAUAUUCUAUACCACCAUCAAAGACGCCAAGGAAACGCAUACACAACCGUACUCUAUCACUUUUCAAGAAAUCCUAGACCGCAGUUUGGGUGAGCUGAAAUGUUCUUUACAAAUCAACUUCAUGGUGGAAAUAGGAUGGCUGUUGGCACAAUAUUACUUCGCUGGCUACAGUGAAAAGAAGCUAACUAUACUCUACGGAGACGACUGCUCAGAUUUGAAGAAUAUUAAAGCGAAAAAACCUCAUGUAGAUGCCCACUACGUAACUAUGGCAACGCCUUUUGGAAAACAUCAUACUAAAAUGAUGAUACUGUGCUAUGAAGAUGGAUCUCUCAGAGUGGUGAUAUCUACAGCUAACUUGUAUCUCGAUGACUGGGAAAAUAGGACGCAGGGGCUAUGGUUCAGUCCGUCCUGCCCGGAGUUGCCUCCCGAAGCGAUGCCACAUGACGGCGAGUCUCCGACGUUCUUCAAGAAGUGCUUGCUAAGAUACCUCAAUCAUUACCAUCUGCCCAACUUGGCGUAUUAUGUCGACAGGGUCAAGAGAUGCGAUUUUAGUCAUAUUAAUGUAUUCCUAGUAGCAUCAGUCCCAGGGUCCCACUUCGACCAGGACUGGGGCAUGACUCGAGUCGGCUCGCUGCUGCGGCAACAUUGCGCUGUCCCGCCCAGCGAGAACGCUCAGUGGCCUCUUAUAGCUCAGGCUAGCAGUAUAGGCAGUUUCGGGAAAGAGCCUAAGCUAUGGCUGACGGGCGAUUUUCUACAUAACUUCACUAAGAUUAAAAAUCAGUCACAACUGUUGUCCACUCCGCCGCCAUUGAAGAUAAUUUACCCAUCUCUAGAAAACGUGCGACAAUCACACGACAAUCUUUUAGGCGGUGGCUGUUUGCCGUACGCCGCCGACUGUCACGCUAAACAACCGUGGCUCAACAAUUAUUUAUAUCAGUGGGUAGGUGGUGUGAGCGGUCGCAGCCGUGCCAUGCCACACAUAAAGUCGUACUCGCGCGUCUGUAGCGACAGCGCUGCUUUCUACCUGCUCACGUCCGCCAACGUCAGCAAGGCCGCUUGGGGACAGCUCAAUAAAGGCAACGGAGCUCUGAGGAUCAUGAGCUAUGAAGCUGGUGUGCUGUUCUUGCCUCAGUUUGUGAUAAAAGAAGAUUUUUUCCCACUAAAGCGAGGUGCCAAGAACCGUCUGAUAAUUCCUUACGACUUACCUCCUAUCAAGUAUACUCCUGAUAUGUCAGCCUGGGUGUCAGACUAUCUUAGAUAGACAUAUUAUUGAAUAGGUUUCACUAUUCUCCUUUGAGUUGGUUUAACUAAAGAUAAUCGAUCUUGAUAGGACUUUUUACACUAAUUAUAUCCAAAAUCAAAAUAAAAAAUCAUUUAUUCAAACUUAGCUGCAAGACAGCACUUUUUGAACGUCAGGAAUUUACAUAAGACAGCCCCCAAAACGCCCACCCUUCACCACUUCCUAUGAGUUAUUGCUGGGAAGAAGAAGUGGCGCAAUAAACUCCCCAGCAACACAUGUCUGUCUGUAGGUUGAAGAACCUUAAACAUUGUUUGAUAUAAAAAUUUGUAUACAUCCUCCUAGCCGAUUAUCAGCUACGGUGAUUGUUCUCAUGUAAAGAGAUCAGCCAACUGUGCAGGACAUAUUAUAGUGCACGAGCAUUUGCUUGGACUGCGGUGCACUCACUAUUCCUUCACUCUCAUAGCGCGAUGGGACGACAAUCCGACACCACCGGAGAGAGAUCACAAGCAGGACCGACAUUCACGUGCUCUCCGAUGCACGAUUUCGGCUCGACUCGGGAAUCGAACCCGAGACCUCGUGCUCAACAGCCGCGCUUGUGACAGCUAGACCAACGAGGCAGUUAUUUUUAUUUAUACUGAGUUCUUAAAUAAAAAGUCAUGUCAACAUAGUUUAUCUUUAGUUUUGAUCCUGCUCAAUCAGAGUAUAGGUGGAGAUUAUGGUCACCCAUCAUAUGGCUGACCGCGGCAAGCUAAGCUUAAUGUUUGUGAUUCCAUUGUUUAAAUAAGAUGUUAAAUGGUGAUAUUUUUUGUAAUAAAUCAUUUGUUUUUUGUA